AUGGCGGAAAAGUCAGAGAAGAAGUUCGACCAUGAGGUCGCCAGCACCGGCACCCCCAGCAUUGACGGAAGCUCGCCUUUCUAUGAUCCCUCCAAGGAGUCCAUUUGGACCCGCCUUGGUGUGAAUUUCGAGAGUUUCAAACGCGCUCCUGGCACCACCGGUGGACAAGUCAUCUCUGGCGAUACCAAUCUCACCGAUGUUGAGAAGCAUCUCGCCGAUGCACCCAUGCUGCAGCAGAAAAUGAAGCCCCGCCAUAUGACCAUGAUUGCAGUCGGUGGUAGUAUUGGUACUGGUCUUUUCGUCGGUUCAGGUUCAGCUCUCAACAGUGGUGGCCCUGCUGGUGUUCUCAUCGCUUGGAUUCUCAUCGGUGUCAUGUUGAUCAACGUCACACAAGCACUCGGUGAAAUGUCUAUCUUGUACCCGGUCUCUGGAGGUUUCUACACGCUCGCUGGUCGCUUCCUCGAUCCCUCAUUCUCCUUCGCUAUGGGCUGGAAUUAUGUCUUCCAGUGGGCCGUUGUAUUGCCCUUGGAAAUCACUGUCGCUGGUACCACGGUUGGGUAUUGGACAGACGACGUUCCUAUAGCAGCCUGGAUCACAAUAUUCUGGAUUGUCAUAACUAUAUUGUGUGUGUUCGGGACUCUGGGCUACGCCGAAGAAGAGUUUUGGUCUUCAUGUCUGAAGCUCUUCGUCGUCGUUCUGUUCUGCUUCAUCGGCGUUGUGUGUAUUUGCGGUGGUGGGCCCUCCGGCGGUCAAUACAGCACAUACCAAGGUGGACGCCUUUGGAGUAAUCCUGGCGCUUUCUCCAACGGUUUCAAGGGUGUUUGCUCUGUGUUUGUCACAGCCGCGUUCUCAUUCGCCGGAACCGAGUUAGUUGGUCUUGCCGCUAGUGAAACCCCCAACCCCCGUGAGACGAUGCCAUCCGCUGUCAAGGGCACAUUCUGGCGUAUUACGAUCAUCUACAUCACCUCCCUCACUAUUAUUGGUCUCCUCGUUCCCUACACCGAGGAUCGUCUAAUUGGCGGCAGUGGAGCUUCCGCCUCGCCUUUCGUUAUUGCUCUCAAGAAUGCUGGAAUCAACGGCUUAGAUCACUUGGUGAACGCUACUAUCUGUAUCUCCGUUCUUUCAAUUGGUCUCUCUUGCGUCUACGCUGGGUCCCGUACACUCACCGCGUUGGCUGAGACUGGAUACGCCCCAAAGAUCUUUACUUAUGUUGAUAAAUCCUCGCGACCCCUCUUCUCCGUCAUUGCAAUCCUUGCGUUCGCCCCCAUUGCAUAUGUCAACGUCGUGGCCGCUGGCGACACCGUCUUCACGUGGUUACUCGCCCUUUCAGGUCUCUCCACCCUCUUCACAUGGCUGUCCAUCUGCCUUUGCCACAUCCGUUUCCGUAAGGCUUGGAAAGUCCAAGGCCACUCGUUGGAGGAGCUUCCAUUCAAGGCUCUUGGCGGUGUCUAUGGCUCAUGGUUCGGUAUCAUCCUGAUCGGGCUUGUCUUGAUCGCGCAGUUCUACGUUGCUAUCUGGCCAAUUGGUGGCACCACAGGACCUCGGGAUGUUGUCGAGUCCUUCUUCCAGGCCUACCUUGCUGUACCGGUUAUGCUUAUCUUCUGGAUCGCUGGGUAUGCUUGGCAACAGCGUCGCCCCUUGCGCGCGUCAGAAAUUGAUCUUGACACCGGCCGUAAGAGUUGGCUCACAGUGGAGCAGAUGCGCGAGUACCGUGCAGAACGCGCCGCUGCCCCAUGGCACGUCCGUACUUAUCGCAUCCUGUUCUCCAACUAG